AUGUCGUCGACAGAGCACAAGGCAGCCGUAUAUCUCGGCGUGGCCAAGAUGGUGGAACAGUACACCAAUGAGCUUGGAACAUCGGCCACCCCGGCUUUUGUGGCUUCAUUAAUCGAGUUUGUGUAUAACCAAAUCGUUCUGUUGGGCGAGGAUUUGGAGAUGUUUGCUGCGCACGGCGGAAGAGAGGUGGUGAACACGGCAGACGUGUAUUUGGCUGUGAGACGAAACGAGGCGCUUGAGAAGGCACUCCGAGUGGUUCAUGAGAGUCUUGCAGGUCUGCAGGUCCAGACAGACGAAUAA